GGGAAAUUGGCCCAAGAGGCUGUUCUCAACGGCCGCGCCAUUUGCUACUGUUUCGUCCAGUCAUUGCUAAUCUUGGGCCAUGCUAACAAGGGUAUACCCAGCCGAUCUCCGUGUCUCCAUCCCAUCGCAUCCGUCUCGACUCCAUCGCCCACCGUCGGAUCUUGAACGUGAGGAACACACCCACUCAGCAGACGAUAACUAUGAUACCACACCCUUCCCGGCUCUUGGUUCUUGACCAUUUUCUGUCACCUCUUCUUCUCUCUUUUAUUGCUGCGCUUGUUUCCUCUGGAGGUGUUAGAUCUUGAUUUGAGGGCUUGCUCUGUUUCUCCGACGUCCUGCGCUGUGCUGCCGAUCCGACGUCGAUAUUAUCACAUCCAUUUGUUGAAGAUAGUCGCGGUCGAGAUUACACCAAAAGCGCCUUGGUCAUACGUUCUUUUUUUCAUAUCUGCUUUCUAUCACCUGCCAACCUGAUAUCACCUCCGUUACCAACUAAAACCCUGAUGAACCAAAUCUUAUCCGCCCAGAAUCUCGCACAACAGUGUCACUUCUCAACUGCUUUCGAUCUAGGCUUCUAUCUUUCUCUCUUUUUUCUUUUCUUAUUUUGACCCCAGUUCGAACACCUUGAGCUUAGCACUUGAUGAUGCUUGCAUAAUCUCAUACUAUCGCUGAGACCUUUUGGGUUUCAUAUUAUCAAUAUCGUACAUACCAACUUAUACCAUUAACAUACAAUGCACUCUCGAUGGCCUCGGCUGUGGGCGCUGUUCUGUCUACUCUUCAUCGUGCAGCAUGUUAGCGGAGAGGUUUUUAGGAUAGCUCCAAGAGCGGACGACAACCCGGAGAAGACAACAGCAAUCGAUUCCAGCACGACGUCAACGCGUGCACACAGUAGUGCCACGAAGACUAGCGAAGUUUCUGCGAGGCAGACAGAACUAUCUGAUACCUCAGAAUCCCAGUCUCAAACCGAGUCUAUCUCAGUGGCUGCUACUGAGACAGAGAAAACACAGAGUUCAGACCCUUCAUCAACCAGCACAGAUGGCUCCCUUGAAAGCGGACUUGAUGAUUCCUCUUACUACAAUGCUACGAUACCCGCUGGACAACUACCCAUUGAGCCUAGGCUCACUCCGGGUUGGGGCGUUGCAGGAACUAUCUUACUUAUUACUGGCCUCGCAUAUGGCCUUGUCGGGAUCAAGAACCGAAUGAUCCAUACUUUUUUUUCGACUGCUUUCGCCGCAUCAUUGGGCGUUGCCGUCCUCAUUGUUUAUGUCAUGAAAUCUGAAGUCAGCGAUGCUCUACAGGGAGGCUAUGUGGUUGCCGCCGUCAUCUCCGGGUGCGUCCUCGGCGGAGCCUCAAUGUUCUUUCGGGAGAUCACUGAGGGUCUAGGCUGUGCCCUGGGUGGCUUCUGCAUUAGCAUGUGGCUUCUUUGCUUGGUUCCUGGAGGGUUACUCGGGCCUGUGGUUGCGAAAGCCAUCUUUAUUGCUUGCUUCACCGUAGGUGGGUUUGCAUUCUACUUCAGCCAUUAUACUCGGGAUUGGGCGCUUAUCCUCAUGAUCUCCUUUUCUGGGGCCACUGUUACAGUCCUGGGAAUAGACUGCUUUAGCAGGGCUGGACUGAAGGAAUUUUGGGCUUGGGUUUGGGAACUGAACGAUGAUUUAUUCCCUCUUGGCGCAAAUACAUACCCGGUUACUAAGGGUAUCCGCGUGGAAACUGCAGCCAUCAUCAUCAUCUUUCUCUUUGGUAUUAUCUCCCAGAUCAAACUAUGGAAAAUUGUCCGGGAGAAGCGUGAAAAGAAGGCAGAGGAAGCUGCUGAAGGAGAGCGCAACCUCCGCGAGGAAGAGGAGCAAGUCGGCCGGAACAUUGAAGAAGCGAACGCUCGAGAAAGGCGCCAAUGGGAGAGAAUAUAUGGUGAUGGAGACGUCAGAAGCUUGACAGCCUCGCGUGACUCGGACGAUGCAGAGCCCACAAACGAAAAAAGGAAUCGCAGCAGCCAAACGGACUCCUCUAAAACACGCUCGACUUCGAUCGUCGAGGUCAUCGAAAUGGCGGAGAUGCCAGAUGCUGUUCAAACUAAAAAACAGCCUACCCUAACAUUGAUGUCUUCUGACCAAGAUGAAGACGGCAGGGUCACAGUUCGCGUUGCCACGGAUGAUACAGUACAGCUAGUCAUGGGGAGAGGGGAUCAGCAAUUGGAUACCGGAACUACUAUGCAAAAUCUCCCUCUCACAGGCGAAGAGGUUGAUCGGCGCAUCUCGACACAGUCAUCUGUUGCCAAAUCUGCUGUACCUCCUGUCAUUCCUCUCCCAUUCACCAUUCCUGUCGCUGAUGAUAAUGAUGAUGCGCUUACGAACGGUGAUCGUUCUUCGGUGGCGACCUUCGCUGAUGAAGAAGAGGAUACUGGAAUUCAUACUUCGGGCCAUCGACACUCGCUUGCUAAGCGACUUUCUCGCCUGUCCCGAGGAUCAAUGGAGCUUCUCGGCAACAUUUCACAUCGAUCUAGUCGUGUCUUUGGAGACCAUCAAGAAAACGAACAUGGCGAGAGUACUGAUGAGUUAGUGAUUCCACGAUCGCGACCACGAGACGAUGACGGCUCAGUUGCGGCGACAAUUGAUGACGACAGCUUGAGUGGUGAUGGUCGCCAAUCCCGUCCGAUUUCAGAGCUCCCAAAGAGCAUUGAGAUUAACGCCCAGCUCUCUGAGAAGGACGACAAGGGUAAACCGAGCCCAUCCCCAAUCGACCAGGAGACGGUUAUGCAUGCCGAUGGAAACGAUGCUAUCAAGGCCGAAGAGCCUCCCUCGGCUGACGUGGAAAAGACCAGAUCUGCGACUUCUGGCUCAUCAGCCCGUGUGAGUUUGACUAAAGAUCGGCUACCUAGGUCACUCUCGCGGGUAGCACUUUCCUACAGAACCAACGAAUGGGCCAAGCAUCUGAGCAACGCCGAAGCUCCCGAAGUUGAUGAAAUCCACAUCGAGGCGUCUCGAAAUCCAGUAGUUCCGACUAUUGAAGCGCCCGCACCUGUACAUGUCGACGAGCUCCGAAAAUCAUCAGCCGAAGGAACGCCUGCGCCCAUGAUUCCAAGACCGGACUCUCAAGCGUCCAAUUACUCGCAGACUGCUUCAAGACGCAACGUAAAGCAACACGUUCCAGCCGCUCUCGCUUUGCUCACAGGCGAGAGUCAGAGUCGAAGCCCUGGGACCACUCCAACUAGUAGCCUUAUGGCACGAACUUCUUCGGGAGGCUUGCGAAUAGCCUCGGGCGGAAUUGCUCCAAUUGCAGAAGAACAAAGUGUUCCAAGCCUGACCCCACCGAUUGCUGAGGAAGAAACCAUGGGGAUGCAAAACCUGAAUGCUCCAGCGGCAAAUGAAAGUCAACGCACUUCAACACCAGGCGUUGUAUCUUAUUCGAGCCCCCAGACUCUCCUUGGCCAACGAGAAAUGUAUCUCCGCAAUAAAUCGGCAGCGAACCUAGUGCCCAGCUCAUCCGACGUGAACCUUCCUACACGGCACAGAGCCUCGAGCGACGCAGGAUCACUCAACAAUUAUCCGAUGUACGCCGCUGCUAUUGGUGUAGAUGUGGACGACUUGCCCCUAAAUCAGAGGAAGGAACUCAUGCGACAGAGCAGUCUAAGCCCUUCUGUUUCAACACCAUCUUUGCAGCGGCUCAGUGGUGGCAGCAAUAGUAACGGCUUCAAUAGUUCAGAAGCACUGUUGAACACCCACCAACCCAAACGUGUGUCAACUCUUCCCACCUCUUCAGCCCGCGAGGCUGCCCUUGCAACAUUCCGACAGUCAGUUCAGCAUGAGUUACGCGCAGGUACCCCUGUCAUCAGCAAUUCUGGCCGCGAGACGCCAUUCACCCCAUCGUCUCUCUUGGCCAGCAGAGAAGUCGAGGUCCAGCGCAGUGUCGACAUGAGUCGCAACAUCCUCCUGAGUCAAAAGCAAGCCGAAGCCCAGCGCCGCGAGACACAGCAGCGUGAAAAAGAAUGGGCUGACAAAGCAUUCGACGAACGAAUGCGAAAUGGCGACCUUCUUGACAUUCAUCGCGAGGCUAUGCGUAAGCUUCAGAGGCACGCAAAAGACAUGUAACCAAUGUCCUCAGCAACUCCCCUCUGGAUUCAUUAUACUACGAAUUAAUUUCUUUCUUUCUUUCUUUCUUUCCUUUUUAUUCACCAAACCAUUUCACAUACCCAUCUUUGAUCUCUUUCGAUAUUUAUGAUACCAAUGGGUUUCACGGUCACUAUUAAAAGUCGGGGGGGGGGGGGUUUGGUUAUGAAGUAUGGGUAAAAUAUGAUACUGGAGCUCGGAAAGCUCCUUACUACAAUAUAUAUACUAGAUAAACGCGUAGGGAUUAGUCUAGUGCGUCUGUUGCUCUCAAUUCGAUGGCAAAAUCCAGAAUUCAGUCUCAUCUAAGCCCAACAGCCAUCUCUCUGAAUCAAUAGUAAAAGGAGAAAAGGUGUUCACGAA